AUGGCUACUGCCGCCCAUUGCGCCUAUUGCUUCGAGAGCCUGAGCGCCAGCUUGGAAAAGCGCCAUCCGCUGAGCUUGGAAGAGGUCGAAGAGCUGUGGAACAAGUACAACGCCGAUGACGUGGACGAGGUGGACGACGAUGAUGAGAGCGCCGACGAGGAAGAGGACGAAGAGAUGACGGACGCCGAGGAUAUGCAGGCUACCACGACCGCCCUAAAGCCGUCCCCCGCCAUCAGCCGCCUGGCUGCUGACAGUCCCUCCACCAACGCGAGUACCUCCUCGGUGCAGUCGGCCGCAUCGUCGCGCAGCUCUGCCCCCACCACUGCCUCGUCUGCCACCUCCAAGUCGUCGUCGCGUACGUCAUUCUUCUCCAGUCUCGGCCGCCGUGUGCGUGGUGCCCAGUCCUCGAGCUCUGCUCCCGCCGCCGCCUCAGACGACGCUUAUCCGCUAUUCGUGACAUGGAACACACUGAGCAGGAGUGGGAGCAAGAAUCUGCGCGGCUGCAUCGGCACCUUUGAAGACCAAGAGCUGUCGGACGGACUGCGAAGCUACGCGCUUACCUCAGCCUUCGACGACACGCGCUUCAACCCGAUCGCCACGCGCGAGCUUCCGAGUCUCGAGUGCGGCGUGACGCUCCUCACCAACUUCCAGCCAGCUGCCGACGCCAUGGCGUGGGAGCUGGGCAAGCAUGGCCUGCGCAUCUCCUUCACCUAUCACGGCCGCCGCUACGGCGCCACGUACCUGCCGGACGUGGCCAAGGAGCAGGGCUGGACCAAGGAAGAGACGAUUGUCAGCUUGAUGCGCAAGGCCGGCUGGAGCGGCCGCAGGGACGACUGGCGCAAGGUUGACCUCAACGUCAUCACCUAUGAGGGCAGCAAGGCGACCCUGGCCUACGCCGAGUGGAAGGAGUGGCGCGACUGGGUCGAAGAGCGUGCCGGAGUGGCCGCGAAGGCUUUGAAUUGA